AUGACUACGUGGAUUUUCGAUACGGAGAGCGAAGCUAUUGAGGUAUCUACCCGAGUGAAGGAGAUACACGCGGAGGCUGGAUUCGAGCUAUGCAAGUUCUCAUCCAGCUCACCCAUCGUUGAAGCGGCGUUGGGACCACCUGGACAAGUCAAGAGCGUCGGAUGGGGUGAGUCUGACCAGAAAAUCCUUGGAAUGCGUUGGCAGAUAGCAACGGAUGACUUCAGAUUCAACGUGGAGUAUCAUCGAGUGCCAAAAAGCGUCCUAAGUGGAGAGCGAGUCCCAACAAAGAGGGAGCUUUUGAGCCUGCUGAUGUCAACGUUCGACCCAUUGGGGUUCCUGUGCUGCCUGAUGAUUACAGCGAAGCUGUUGCUGCGGGAGAUCUGCAGACAGAAGAUCCAGUGGGACGAACCGCUGCCGGAGGAGAUAGGCAGAGCCUUUGCUGCCUGGCGCAGAGAGAUGGACGCCGUGGAACAGUUCCGAUGUCCUCGCCACUACUUUGGGUGUGGAGCAGUUUGGACCAUCGAGCUACACGUUUUCGUGGACGCAAGUCAAUCUGCAUUCGCGGCGGUGGCCUAUUGGAGGGUCACGUACAAGAAUGGCAACGUGCUGGAGCUGCAGGCAGCGGUCCUUGGAACCAGAGUGAUGAACACUGUCAAGAAAGAACAUAGUGUGGACAUCAGCGAGACGGUUUUAUGGACGGAUUCAAAAACGGUGCUGAAAUGGAUCGGCAGCAGCCACCGCCGGUAUAAGCAGUUUGUUGGCAACCGAGUGGCGGAGAUUUUGGAGUCGUCGAAGGUUUCCCAGUGGAGAUGGGUACUUACAGCUGACAACGCAGCGGAUGAUGCGACGCGGUCGCAGAGGAAGGCGGACCUUAGCACGGAAUCCCGGUGGCUAAGCGGUCCCGCAUUUUUGAGGCAGCCAGCAAGCGAGAUUCUCGAGCUUCAGUCGCCUGGUGAGGACCAUCGCCUGGGUCCUGAGGUUUGCGCGACGGUGCCGCAAACAGAGAAGCGAGCUCGAGGAAAGGAGUGUGAGGCGGCGGAGAACCUGUUAAUCAGGCAGUCCCAAUUGGAGUCGUUUCCCGACGAAUGA